AGGGAAAAAAACUGCACAAAAUGCUACUAACAUUGACAAGUGCUGCCAUCUAGUGUCAAAAACUGCGAAGCAAGCUGAUGGAUGCAGUUGUCAUCAAUUCACAUUGUGACAUAUCUUUCUUAAUGAAAAGCCUACAUUCGUCAUCGGCUAUAUUGGUACAAACCCUGGUCGUCACUCCAUACUCGCCAUCGACAGAAAAAUGUUUAAACUGCUGAUCUAACCUUGCCCCAACCACAGUCACUAUCUAGAUGUCUGCUUUGGCAAUGCUUCCUGAAAUGCAACCAUGGUUCUACCUUCAAAUGCACGUUUUUAUUUCUGCAGCGAUUCUGGGUCAGCGCUGGUAACACCAGCACCACCAAGAAAGCUCCUUCGCCAUGGACACACCACAAACUCUUCUUCGGGGGCUAGGCGCAGGCCAACACCUGGAACAGCCAGUACUGACCCACUCUCCAAAUCGGUGGUUGUCGCACUUGUCGAGGGACGCGGACUGGCCAGAGGCGAGAUCGGCAUGGCGUCGUUUGACAUCAGAAACCCAGAGUUGGUCCUGGCGCAGUUCCCAGACAACAGGAUGUACACCAACACCCUCAUGAAGCUGCAAGUGCUCGACCCCCACGAGAUCCUCCUGCCCAAGACGGUGUUUGAGGCCAACUCGAUGCCCCAGCUCAUGAGUCAGCUGAAGCAGGAGAUGCCAUCCACAACCGUCACCAGCCUGGCUCGCAAGCUGUUCAACGAAAACCUGGGCAUCCAAUACGUCAGGCAGCUCUGCGUACCCGAGUACAGUUCAGUCGAGACUGAAGUCGUUAACAAGUACUACGCCCUCUCUGCCACGGCUGCGCUCAUCCACUACGUGGAAGUGAUGCAGAACGUCGCUUGCACGGCUCACUCCAUCAAAGUCAUCUUUAGUACCGGGGAGGGAGUCGCUCGAAUCGACUCAACCACGAUGCACGACCUUGAGCUGCUGACCAACACCAUGGAUCCUAGGAGCUCGAUGUCGCUGUUUGGUGUGCUGAACCACGCCAAGACACCGGGCGGGUCACGGCUGAUGCGGGUGAACAUGCUGCAACCUCCGCGCGACCUGGACACCAUUGUGCAGCGCCAGAAGGCCGUGCAGCAGAUUAUCGACAGCGAGGAGUUCUUCUACAACUUCCAGUUUUUGCUGGCCAAGUUUGCGGACAUGGAGUCCCUCCUGGCGGCGCUGGUGCAGGUGCCGCGCGUCGAGACCCUACGCACCAUGGAGGCGGCCGUGCACAACUGCGUCUGCAUCAAGCACAUCCUCGAGCACGUCGAGCCACUGCGCAUCGUGCUGGACAAGUGUGAGGACACCCUGCUGGGGACGUACGCGUCGUACAUCACCGAUGUCCGGUACGGCCAAAUGCAUGAAAGCAUCUGCACAGUGAUAAGGGAAGACGUGGUUUACCAGAAGGGCAUAUGGAACAGGGUCCUCCAGCUCUGCUUCAGCAUAAAGCCUGAUGUCAACGGGCUUCUCGACAUCGCCCGGAGGACGUACUCGGAAGUGCAAGAUGAUAUUCAUGAGAUGGUCGAGAAAGACAUGGCACUGGAAUGCGCGUUGCCGCUCAGGGUGGCCUACUCUCAGCUUCGCGGCUUCUACAUCCAGAUGAACUACACGGGUAGCAUUCCCGAGCUGCCUGACAAGUUCAUCAAGGUUUCAGUCACAAAGACAACCAUCUCAUUCACCACCGACAGCCUGGUGGAACCGGAAAAAGUUGCUAAAAUCUGCGUAUUCUUGUUCUUUCUUUUUUUUCGUGCCUUGCUGUUGCUGCACAUUCCUGUGACCAAGAUCAAGAUGAAUGACAGAGCCAGAGAGGCCAUGCACGAAAUUGCUCGUCUAAGCUCAAGUGUCCUGACCUCUGUCCUCCACAACGUGGUCUCGGACAUUGGCUGUCUCUACAAGCUUGCUGAGGUGGUCUCCAACAUCGACUUCCUCCUUUCGCUGGCGGAGGCCUGCACACUGUCUGACUACGUUCGCCCAGAGUUCACUGACACCCUGUGCAUUGUUGAAGGUCGUCACCCUGUGCUGGAGAAAUUGGGCAUGCGUGCCUUCAUCCCAAAUGACUCGUUUGCAAGCUCACACCACAACUGCAAUGUCAUCACCGGUCCAAACAUGAGUGGAAAGUCAACCUACCUGAAGCAGGUGGCAGCGCUUCAAGUGAUGGCCCAACUGGGAUCCUUUGUGCCGGCCAAGUACGCAUCGUUUCGUAUCGCCGACCAAAUUUUUGCACGCACGGGACACCGAGACGACAUUGAGACCAACUGCUCCACUUUCCUUAUGGAGAUGCGGGAAAUCAACUACAUUCUGCAGAACUUCACCGACACGUCUCUCAUCAUCAUCGACGAGCUCGGACGAGGUACCAGCGAAGAGGAAGGUUCGGCGAUGUGCAUUGCAAUAACUGAGAAGCUCAUCAACUCCGACGCUUUUGUGAUUAUCGCCACUCACUUUGACAUGAUGACACAGCUGGAAUCCAUGUACCCAAAUGUCAUAAACUACCACAUGGAAGUGGAGACCGAGGCUGAAGGCGAUGACAGUCCCGAUGCCACAGCCACGAGACUGCGGUACAUACACCGGCUGGCCAGGGGAACGUGCUCCGAGCCUAACUACGGUCUGAAGCUGGCCGAGAUAUCCCACACGCCCAGCGACGUCCUGGCAAGAGCCUACGAAGUGUCCAACCUAAUUUCAGCUAGUCUCUCCGAGGACGAAAGCAGUCCACUCUUCGAAGACGACGUGGAGAGGAAGCUGCGCAGAGCCGAGAUCGAGCUCGCCGGCACGCUGGGGGUCCUCGCGCUGCACUCGAAGAUGGAAGGCGAAGAGCUGAGACUUCGACUCCUCGAAGAGCAGCGGAAAGCGCGGGCUCUGACAGACUUCCGCCGGUCCUUCACAGAAAUGGACCAAGAAUGACUCGCAUUUCUAAACUUCCAAAUCAUUUGUCCGUUUUAACUGUCGCGCACCUGCCACAAUAAAACUUGUGGUAAGCAUUUUUUAAUAAAGCGACGUCCAUAAAGGCC